AUGAAAUCAAUCAAGUACUAUGGAGCCUACUGUGGCUCGGGCUCUACAUCAGCUUGCCCAGCUCCCUAUGCACGGACUCAUUUUAAUGUGAGAUCUCUCAGCAGCAGCAGUGAAGAGAUGUCCUCAGCUGUUUAUCUACAAGUUAAUAUCAUCAGCCAGGCUCUAAUAUUUGUCACACAUAGUCAGAGUUGGUCAUUUGUGGAGAGGCCGGGUUCUCUCCUAAUUUGUGCUUUCAUGGGAGCUCAACUGAAAUCAAAGAGGUUGCCACGCUUAUUGCAGUAUCGCUGGGGUUGGGCUGGUGUCAUAUGGCUUUACACUGAUAUUCUACUUUCCACUGGAAUAUUCUACUUUCCACUGGACUUGAUAAAAUUUGCUGUCCAAUAUGGCCUAAGUGGAGAAGCAUGGAAUCUUGUUUUUGAUAGAAAGGUCUGUGUAACUGAACUUUCUUUCUUACUCAUUUCUUCUUCACAGCAAUUCAUUUCAACAGUACAUAAAGAUCAUUAGAGCCAAGAAGUUCACGAGCUGCUUUCUCAAGAAAUUCCUGUGCAGCAUCACGGACAGACUGUUUCUCAGAUGGUGAGUGUUUUCUUUUGUUAUUAAAUCUAUUCCUGGUGUCCUCUUGUCUACUA